AAGCCAUUGCCCUCUAUUCGGGAAGUUUUUUCUGAAGUUAGACGUGAGGAGUCAAGGAGAAAAAUCAUGCUGCGCAACACCGAACAUGGGAGAAAUCUGGAACCUGAGAGCUCUGCUCUUGUGUUAAGAGGUGUUGAUUCUGACAACGACGGGUGCAAGAAACCGUGGUGCGAGCAUUGCAAAAAACCAUGGCAUACGAAGGAGACGUGUUGGAAGCUUCAUGGUAAACCAGUAAAUUGGAAGCCAAAAUCCAAACGUGACGGUCGCGCCUACCAAGCCACUGCUGAAGAGACUCAAGAGCCUUCUACCAACUCGGAUGCAGUCUCUUUUACCAAGGAGCAAUUAGAGCACCUGUACAAAUUGUUUUCUCCAAAACUGUCCUUAACUCCGUCUUGUUCUUUGGUACAGAAGGGAAUUGGCCACGGGGAGGAUGAUUGGCAGUGCUAAGGAAAAAGAUGGACUCUAUUAUUUUGACGAUGGACCUGACUCGAGUAGACGAUGUCAAAGUACUUCCUUAAAUUCUGUUUUUGUUUCCAAAGAUAAUGAUAUUAUGUUAUGGCAUUAUAGGUUAGGCCAUCCUAGUUUUCAGUAUUUAAAAUAUUUGUUUCCCAAUUUAUUUUGGAAUAAAAGUCCAUCCUCCUUUCAAUGUGAUGUUUGUCAGUUUGCUAAACAUCAUCGUGCAUCUUUUUCCCCCCAACCCUACAAACCAACUACACCA